AUGAAAUCUCAUGGAUGGAAUUCAGUGGACGCAGCUGCUGUAUCAGCGUCCAUAAUGUGCUGUUCUGUUCAGAAGCAACCCAUAAAUAGCAGGGCCGGCCGCGGCGGCCGGCAUGCUGGUUUAACCUCCUGCAAUUUGGGUUUUCCAGGCACGAUGACCGAGAAGCAAAGUCCCCCCGAGCAGAUGGCCACGGGAAUGGGGCAAGGACAGAGGGGACGAGGCUGGAGUAUCACCAUCUACGAGCUGGAGAAUUUCCAGGGGAAGAAGUGCGAGCUGACGGAGGAGCUGCCCAACAUCAACGAGAAAGACCUGGAGAAGGUGGGCUCCAUCCAGGUGGAGUCCGGCCCGUAAUGGCUGCGUUGGGGUGUCCAUGCGCCCGGGGACAAGUAGCACGGCUGGAGUGAUGGGGACCACUGGGCUGGGAGGGUCCUGGGGGACUGGGGACAUACAGGGCAGGCCCUGAUCCCCACCUGCCCUCAGGACAGCCCCGACCACAAGAUCCACCUCUUUGAGAACGCGGGCUACACCGGGCGGAAGAUGGAGAUCGUGGAUGACGACGUGCCCAGCCUCUGGGCCCAUGGCUUCCAGGACCGUGUGGCCAGCGUCAGGGCCCUGAACGGAACGUAA